ACGGGGAGACCCGCAACGCAGCGAAGGAAACUUUGAUAUGAUUGAACUCGCGUCUUACUGCCGUUUGUGAUAGUUUCCUGGGAGAAGCUAUACAAUCCUCAGCAGUGUCCUGAGACUGUAUAUACUACUCCAAAUGGCUAGGCUACUUGUUAUAUUUAAUUUAAUUGCGUGUGAAAGUAACAUGUGAAAAAGUUUGAUAUAAAACCGUCAACCGACAUCUGAUAGGUUACUUUUAGUUUUAGACCAGUCUUUCGUUUUUGCGAGGAGACGGAAAUUAUCGAAAGGACGUUUGUCCGUGAUCUUUGAAAUAUCAUGCGCAAAGAAAAAGAAAAAAACAGGAACCCAUCGGAGCACAGGAAGGAGAGGUCCCGGGACGCGGCACGCUGUCGGCGCAGUAAGGAGACGGAGGUGUUUUACGAACUGGCCUGUCAGCUACCCCUCCCCCACAGCAUCUCCACCCACCUGGACAAGGCUUCCAUCAUGAGGCUCACCAUUAGCUUCAUGCGCAUGUGCAGGGUCGUUCGCCCAGGUCGAGCUGAUAGAGAAAAGGAGGAGGACAGGCAGAUGAGCAGUCUCUGCCUAAAAUCUCUGGCAGGUUUUGUUGCCAUGGUCACGUCUGACGGGGACAUGAUCUAUUUGUCUGAGAACAUCAAAAAAAUCAUCGGCCUGUCACAAGUGGAGCUAAUGGGUCUCAGCAUCUUUGACUUCACCCAUCCCUGUGACCACGAGGAGAUCCGUGACAACCUCAGUUUCAAAUCAGACCUUCGAAAGAAGAGUAAAGAGACCAACACGGAGCGGGACUUCUUCAUGAGGAUGAAGUGCACUUUGACGAAUCGGGGACGAGCCGUGAACCUGAAAUCUGCCAGCUGGAAGGUCUUGCACUGCACCGGACACUUGCAAGAGUACAGUGGCCACCCUCCGCACACGCUCUGUGGAUUGAGAGAGCUUCCUCUCGCCUGCAUGGUUAUGCUGUGCGAGCCAAUCCCCCACCCCUCCAGCACCGACCUGCCCCUCAACAGCAAGGCCCACUGCUGCAAAGCCCCGCCUGUGGACUGCACUGCCCCGCCGAUGGACAGCAAGACGUUUCUGAGCCGGCACAGUCUGGACCUGAAGUUCACUUACUGUGACGAGCGCAUCUCCGAACUGGUGGGGUAUGCUCCUGAAGAUCUUCUGGGCCGGUCCGUCUAUGAGUUCUACCAUGCGCUAGAUUCUGACUGCCUGACAAGGAGUCAUCACAACCUGUGCACCAAAGGCCAGGCGGUGAGCGGGCAAUACCGGAUGCUGGCGAAGCACGGAGGAUAUGUGUGGAUGGAAACACACGCCACUGUCAUCUACAAUAGCCAAAAUUCCCGGCCCCAGUGCAUCGUGUGCAUCAACUAUGUUCUGAGUGGUGUUGAGGAGGCGGCAGUGGUGUUCUCUCUGGUUCAGAGGGAGUCUCUGUUUAAGCCGUGCUCAGCUCUGAGCAGCAUUUUCCGGCAGGAUGAGUUGGGUGACGGUAACAACGCCCUUUUUACCGAGCUGAAAGAAGACCCUGAGAAGCUGGCCCAACUCGCCCCAGUGCUCAGAGACACCAUCGUCGCCCUCGAUUUAGGUGAGCCCCAGUUCGAAGAGUCUCCUUCCAGCCGGUCCUGGAUCAGAGAGGUCCCCAAACAGAGGCCUACCAGUGAGAUGUUCAACAUGGCCCCCAUCUUCUCAGUGCUCCAACCCCAGGAGCGGGCUAUGCCCAGUGCCACUUCAAGUGAUGCACCCUGUCUGAACAACAGAGGCGGCUCCACUAUGCCUAGCAGUCCUGGGGACUACUGCAGAUCUGGGGACAGCACACCAAAGAAUGAGCUGACUGAGAAUCUGUUCGCCCUCGAUACUGACACUUAUACCCAGAUGGACCUGACUGGUCUGGACCUGGACACUCUGGCCCCCUACAUCCCCAUGGACGGAGAUGACUUCCAGCUGCAGCCUAUCCACCAAGAGGAGGCUCCCCCUGCAGCAGGUCCCGCCCACGCCCAGGGCUUCCUCAACAUGGCCGGCCUGUUCCAGCCGCUGGAUCCCCCCACUCCUAUCCACACCCACCGCUUCCCUGUUAUGUCCCCCGGGGGGGGAUUGCAGCUGGACUCCCCCUCCCUGGACCCUCAUACCAGCCUGUCUUACCUGGUGGCCCCCUGCUGUGGCACAGCUAGCGUCUCCACUGUGGAUCGUCAUCAGUACAUCCCGUGGCCGCCUGACUCCCCACAGCAGGAUUUUCCCACUGGGUAUCUCCACAAGCAGAGGUCCCUAGAGAACUGUGUCCAGGCCUUCAUAGACCCGAGUCCAGCCCCAAAUGUUCCUGCCCACAGCCUUAAGCGAAAGAGAAACUUUGAAGAUCAGAGCGUUUUCCCUCUCAGGUCUCAGGAUAAGCCCCACAGUGAGUGCUCACAGAUUACAUGGAAAAGGAUGAAGGGCAGGAUGAAUGACUGCUGUGCCUUCCCUAAGCAGAAGUCCACUUCCACCAGCACACUUUCAGAUAAUUUUUCAGUCUUUCAGGCCAGUGGAGACUCGCCCUUUGGCCUGAUAGAAAGACCCCAGAAACCCGCAAGCUCUGAAGAUGGGCCAGAGGAACCCAAACUGCCCCAUCUAGGAUCACUCUACGCCCCCUACAGAGACUGUAGCAUGAACCCAUCCCCCAAAAUUGGAGUAGUGGCGAGCUGUCUGCUGGGGCCCUCCUUUGAGUCUCAUUUCCUGCCGGAGCUGACGCGUUACGACUGUGAGGUCAACGCGCCACUGCAGGGCGACCUGCGACUCCUGCACGGGGGCGAACUGCUGAGAGCCUUGGACCGAACCGCCUAGAGUCCAGCCCUGCGUUCCCCGCUCCCCACAGAGCUGUCCUCACACACCUACAAUAUAUCCUCAGGAGAGCAGCUUCACUUCUGUUACAAUCGUGUAUUUAAUAAAUAUAUAUUUUUUCAAUUAAAAUGUACCAGAAAGAGGGAAAUUACCGAAUACUACCGCGUUUCCUGUUCUUGAACUUGACCACUGUGAGGCCUUCUGCUCUCUCUCUGUCCCUCUCUUAUUCUCUCUUGUUCUCUCUCUCUCUCAAUCCCAUUCUCUCUCCCCCAAUUUUUACAGAAUAAGGUUACUCAUCGUAGAUGAGUAUUUGAUCUCAGUGUGAAGGGAAUAUCUUAAUGUUUAAUGUUUUUAAAUCUUUUUUUUUUUUUUCUAAUUCUUCUGGCUUCUGUUCCUCUGUACCCAUUGCUGACGAUGCCAUCAUGAACUCUUCAAAUUGCUGUAUAGACAUGCUGUGUACCAUGUGUCUUGUCAAGGUAUUUACUAUUUUUAUUGGUCCCUCUGAAGCACUUAUGAUUUUGUUUUAGAUAUUAGAAGAUGGCCCCUUUAGUUGGAGGUCAUCCUUGUAUUUUAUGGCAAAUUGAAAAAUAAGAAGCUGACCUGCGAGGGUUCAGAGGUCAUAUACCAGCACUCCUUUUGAAAUGCCUGUCCUCAACAUCUUCCUUCCAUCUCUCUCUGUCUCUCUCACUCACUCCAUCUCUCUCUCUCUCCCCAACUCUCUCUCACUCCCUCUCUCUCUCACUCCUCUCUCACUCCCUCUCUCUCUCCCCAUCUCUCACUCUCACUCUCUCUCACUCACUCUCACUCUCUCACUCCCUCUCACUCUCACUCUCUCUCUUUCUCUCUCACUCCCUCUCUCACUCUCACUCUCUCUCUCGCGCACGCACUCUAAUGCAGCUUCUUGAGUCUGUGUGUGCUGGUCACUGUAAACCUAUUUCAAGUUUGUAGUGUAUUUACAGAAAUUGCCUCCAAGGCUGUGGUAAUAUCUAUGGUAAUAUUGUAUGGCUCAUCAAUCUCUUGGUACUUUGUCUCAUGUGCCCAAUAGCAGGUUUACAGUAAUAUUCAAGAGUUGUGUUGUGUCUCAUGGUGGUUAUCCAUCCAUCCAUCCAUCAUCACCCGCUUAUCCGGAGUCGGGUCGCGGUGGCAGUAGGCAAAGCCGGGUAUUCCAGGCAUCCCUCUCCCCAGCAACGCAUUCUAGCUCCUCCUGGGGAUCCUGAGGCGUUCCCAGGCCAGGAGAGAUAUAUAAUCUCUCCAGCGGGCUCUGGGUCUCCCUCGGGGUCUCCGCCCAGUUGGACGAGCCCGGAAAACCUCCAGAGGGAGGCGCCCGGGAGGCAUCCUGAUCAGAUGCCCGAACCACCUCAAUUGGCUCCUUUCGACGCGAAGGAGCAGCGGCUCUACUCCAAGCUCCCUCCGGAUGUCCGAGCUCCUCACCCUAUCUCUAAGGCUGAGCCCGGCCACCCUAUGGAGGAAGCUCAUUUCGGCCGCUUGUAUACGCAAUCUCGUUCUUUCGGUCAAUACCCAAAGCUAGAUCGACCAGUAAAUCGAGAGCUUCGCCUCCCGGCUCAGCUCCCUCUUCACCACGACGGUCCGGUGCAACGCCCGCAUUACUGCUGACGCUGUACCGUUCUGCCUGUCGAUCUCUCGCUCCCUUCUACCCUCACUCGUGAACAAGACCCCGAGAUACUUGAACUCCUUCACUUGGGGCAAAGACUCGUUCCCAACCCGGAGGGAGCAAUCCACCGUUUUCCGGCAGAGAACCAUGGCCUCGGACUUGGAGGUGCUGACUCUCAUCCCGGCCGCUUCACACUCGGCUGCAAACCGCUCCAGUGCGUGCUGAAGGUCACGGUCCG